GGGAAGAGGCAGGGCGUCAAGCCCGGCUAGAGGGCGGUGGUCACCGGAGCCGGUGGGCCGGGGGGCGGAUAGCCGGGGACGGCGGGGCGGCGCCGUGUCCGCCGCCAUGACAGAUCAGACCUACUGUGACCGCCUGGUGCAGGACACGCCUUUCCUGACGGGCCAGGGGUGCCUGAGCGAGCAGCAGGUAGACAGGAUCAUCCUUCAGCUGAACCGCUACUACCCACAGAUCCUCACCAACAAGGAGGCUGAAAAGUUCCGGAACCCCAAGGCAUCCCUGCGCGUGCGGCUCUGUGACCUCCUGAGCCACCUACAGCGGAGUGGUGAGCGACACUGCCAGGAGUUCUACCGAGCCCUGUACAUCCACGCCCAGCCCUUGCACAGCCGCCUGCCCAGCCGCCACGCUUUGCGACCCAUGAGUUUCCUGGCGGGCCUCGGCCUGGCCGCAGGACUGGCCCUCCUCCUCUACUGCUGCCCUCCAGACUACAAGGUGCUGCCAGGGGCCCGGCGCGUCCUUGGCUUCUCGCCCAUCAUCAUCGACAGGCAUGUCAGCCGCUACCUACUGGCCUUCCUGGCAGAUGACCUGGCAGCGCUCUGAUGAACCUAGACCCUGGGCCUUACCCACUGCUCAACCAAAGAAUCCCCUGGCUGCCUAUUGCUGGGCUGGCCCUUCUUUUUCUAAAUGCUCAUUUUUCACUAUUUAUAAUUUCUAUAAGAAGCACAACACCUUUGCCCUGCAAGGUGCCUAAUGACAUUAAAGGCUGAAGUUGUCUCGUCCUGUCUCACUCCCUUGUCUGGGAGGGUUCCUACUGGGGGGUCCCAGGCCCCAGGGUGCUCCUGGUUUUGUCGAGUCUAGCCAUUGGCCCAGGUCUUCCCUUCCCUGCUUAGACAUCUCCCUCACUGA